AGGAGAAGCAUAUAAGGCUUGUACUGCUCUCGGCCUCCACCCAUUUUUUUUGUGGUGCCUGGGAGAAGACUGGGGAAAAGAUGCAGAAUUCUGCUAACAGAGGAUGCAGCAAACAGAUCCCUUCACGCUUUGGGCCUUGGCGUGAAAUGUUUAACACGGCUCCUUAUGCAGCAGUGAACUUCGGAUUCACAGAUGUGAAAGGAGAGCUUUUGGGUUUGAAUUGGAAAUUUUCCCAAGCAAGCUGAAAGGAAAGAGGAAGAAAAAGACUGAGAAAAUGAUAACAUCUUGCUGCUGCAAUCCUUUGCCCUCUGAGUAGCCACCUCGGUAGCCAAGUUCUGCUUGAUGUCACAGCACAUCUCUCGGGUGUUGCCUACUUCAGCUAAUCUCCAUGUUUAAGUCAAGGAGGACAUGAAAUUUCCCAAGGGCCUGGCCUUAACUGCAGUGCUGGCUGCUGGACGGGCACAGCCUUUCUAGAAGUCAGGAGCUCCUGGUGACAGACCUGGGCAUCCUGCAGCCUUCACCACAGUCUCCAAAGAGAACAGAGUUCUUACUUCUGGCUCUCAAAUGCAGGAGAGGUGAAAGACAUUAGAGAUAGCUUCCAACCUGAAAACCCAAACAAGACAAGUACUUGUAGAGUACAAGAACAGUUCAGUACAGAACAAGGAGAGUAUUUCUACAAUUCUAUUCACUUAGAACAUAUGGCUGGCAAAUACUUGCUCUGACGCCUGAAACGUUGACUGGAGACAACACCAGGGUGGAGGUUACAACACUGUGUGGCUUUCUAGAAGAUGACCAUAGAGGAUCUCCCAGAACCUUCCUUAGAAGGAGAUUACCUCACAGAAAGAGAGCGAUUCUUAUUCCCAAGCUCUGAAACAUAUGUUACUUUUGCUGUUGCUGCAGCACCGAUGCCUUUGGAUUGUGAGUUUUCUUUCUUUGACCCAAAUGAUGCAGCGUGCCAAGAAAUACUUUUUGACCCCAAAACAUCGGUUUCUGAGUUGUUUGCAAUCCUGAGGCAGUGGGUUCCACAGGUCCAGCAGAAUAUUGAUAUUAUUGGGAAUGAGAUCAUUAAAAGGGGUUGCAAUGUGAAUGACAGAGAUGGACUGACUGACAUGACUCUCUUGCAUUACACUUGCAAAUCAGGGGCUCAUGGAAUUGGUGAUGUGGAAACUGCUGUCAAAUUUGCAACACAGCUCAUUGAGUUGGGUGCAGAUAGCAGCUUACGCAGCCGCUGGACAAACAUGAAUGCCUUGCAUUAUGCUGCCUACUUUGAUGUUCCGGAACUUAUCAGCUUAAUUUUGAAAAAUGCAAAGCCAAAAGAUGUGGAUGCCACCUGUAGUGAUUUUGAUUUUGGAACAGCUUUGCAUAUUGCUGCAUUUAACCUAUGUACAGGAGCUGUCAAGUGUUUGCUGGAACAUGGAGCAAAUCCUGCCUUUAGGAAUGAUAAAGGGCAGAUUCCAGCAGAUGUGGUUCCUGAUCCUGUAGAUAUGCCACUGGAAAUGGCAGAUGCAGCAGCCAGUGCAAAAGAAAUCAAGCAGAUCUUGCUGGAUGCAGUGCCCCUCUCGUGUGACAUCUCAAAAGCCAUGAUUCCAAACUACGAUCACGUCACAGGCAAGGCCAUGCUUUUAUCGCUGGGCCUGAAGCUGGGAGAUCGUGUUGUUAUUGCAGGGCAGAAGGUUGGUACAUUGAGAUUUUGUGGCACAACAGAAUUUGCCAGUGGCCAGUGGGCUGGCAUAGAGCUGGAUCAUCCAGAAGGAAAGAACAAUGGAAGUGUUGGAAGAGUCCAGUACUUCAAAUGUGCACCCAAACGGGGUAUCUUUGCACCUCUUUCUAAAAUAAGCAAGGCUUCUGAUCACAAGAAAGGCUCCAUACGAAGUUCUUCCACGAGGUCUUCACCUUUGGUCAAAGCUAAGAAAAUAGAUGUGACUCACAUAACUUCCAAAGUGAAUUCUGGCCUAACCAUGGCAAAAAAAGACAGUGCUGCUGAAAGCAACUCUGUGACGCCUAGCAGGGGAAAAGCUGUGCCGGGAAAAGAAGGUUUUCCAGGCUACAGCAGCUCUUCCUCUUCCACUACCUCCUUGGAAGGCAAACAGAAUUACUCCAAGAAGCGAAAUCCAGCUAGCAGCAAUAAGAAGCCAGUGGCAAGACUGUCCUCUGCCUCACCUAAAAUCAGUGCAGGAUUGCACAGCUAUUCUCCAGCUAUGAGGAAAGAUCGGUUUGAGGAAGGAGAAAUUCAGAUUGGAGACAGAGUGCUGGUGGUAGGACAGAGAACAGGCACUGUUAGGUUUUAUGGGAUGACAAAAUUUGCACCAGGAUUCUGGUGUGGGAUUGAAUUGGACAAGCCUCAUGGGAAGAACGACGGCUCUGUGGGAGGUGUUCAGUACUUCAGUUGCCUUCCCAGAUACGGUAUAUUUGCGCCCCCCUCUCGCGUACAGAGGCUAACAGGUUCUCUGGAUUCUCUCGCAGAGACUUCGUCCAGUAAACUAAGCCACACUUUCCCAGGUUUUAGACGCAGUCUAAGCAGCACUUCUGCAUCCUCACAGAAGGAGAUAAACAGAAGAAACUCCUUUGCCAGAUCCAAGAGCUCAGUGAUGCGACGCAGCUGGAGUAACACCGCUACAGCUAACAGCGAGGGACCAGUGAAGCUGCACGAAGGCUCUCAGGUUCUUCUGACCAGCUCCAACGAAAUGGGGACAAUCAGAUACAUUGGUCCUACAGACUUUGCCCCAGGGGUCUGGCUGGGGCUUGAGCUGCGCAGCGCCAAGGGCAGGAACGACGGGGCCGUGGGGGAGAAGAGGUAUUUUACCUGCAGGCUGAACCACGGCGUCCUGGUGCGACCCAGCAGGGUCACCUACCGUGGCAUCAACGGGGCAAAACUGGUUGAUGAUAUCUGCUGAGCCAGAACGUGCUCUGCAGGAGGCAGUAUUUUAAAUUAGCUCUGAACUGCUCCCAGCCCCAGUCUAGAGUGGAAAGCUGUUUUGAACUGAUCGAAUCUGCUUAUUUUGCAUUUUACAUAUAUGUCUGUGUGUGUAUAUAUAUAUAUAUAAAAGAUAUAUUUUAAUACGUAUAAAUAGAGAUUUUAAAAGUUAGGUUGCAUUAAGAAGGAAAACCACUACUGUACUUCUACUGAAAGAGUUUUUACCUGAGAAGGUUGUUGCAAAACCUCUUGGGCUUGAGAUGCUGUAUUUAGCCGAAUAAGGUUCCCGGCAGGGAAUGGGAGGGAGGAUCUCCAGCCUUCUCUAAAGUUGCUCUGUGAUUCAUGCAGUGCUUAGAAGGAUUUUCCUCCACCUACUAAGGAACUGCUAAUGCUUUGCACGUUGCCUGCUUCUGGCAGAGGAGGUGGUUAAGGAGCGGCAUUAGUCUGGUUACCAGGCACUUCCUCAACUCCUGUACCAGCUACUGGCAAUAAGAAAGCAAAAACCGCCGAGCCCCAAGCUUUUUCCAAGCAGUUGGGAAGCGUUGUUACCCCUAUCAUUCAGAUCUCCUCCUCUUCUCCCCCCAUCCCCCCGCCGCUGCAGAACAAAAGGGCUGAUAAAUACAAGGAGUUGCACCUUUCCUAGUGAAGGGCAGCAGGUAACUAAAAAGCACAAAUAUGCUGCAUGUUAAAAAAAAGGGGCACUUUUUUGUCGUUGCUGUAUGCGUAGAAGGAGCUAGAUAUAAGAAGCACUCUCUAAAAUGCACUUUGCUCUCUCCUGGAGAGCUUUCCCUCCUUUUUAAGACUUCUGUUCGUUUUUUGUGCUGCAGGCUAUGAGUGUCACAGUUUUUAAAUGCAAAUAAACCUGAAGUGGAACUGUACAGAGCAGCUUCAUCCUAAAUACUGUGUAGGAAUCCAGCAUGGCAAUUCCUGCCAGGGGUCUGGAGCCUGGGCAGGGUUUUCAAGCCAAACUGCCACUGUCGCUGUGAGUGGUUGGCGAGGGAUGAUUCUUUUCUGUUGCCUUCAGAACAGUUCCCAGUGUAGAUUUCUUGUGAGAAUCUGACCAUAAGUGAUGGAGGAUUUUAGGUGGAGCAUUGCAAUGCACCUUGAUGUGACAUUCUUUGUGUAGCAGCCUUUUGAAGCAGCUAAUGCUUUGUCCAUGUUUUAAACGUAUAAUUGCUCAGCAUUAUCUUAUCGAGAGGGUUUUGUGUUCCAGAACAGUUAUUUUACUCUUAAUCUGCUUGCUCUUAACCUCCUUGAAGAACUGACACUUUAAAUGACACCAGAAUAUCCUAUUUUUAGAUAGAAUUCUGCUGCUGUUACCUUCUUCUAACUCUUGCUGUAGCUAUUUUUCCUGAGCUGUAUUUAAAAUAAUGCAUAUUGUAUUCUAACUUAUGUGAGUUUUUAAUGCAGCCUGAGAGCUGUACCUUUUGAAUGUAAAAACACAAACCCCAAACUGUUAAUACUUUAUAUUUGAAGGUGCAGAUGUUCAGUGAGGUACUGAACUUUGCUUUAUCCAAUAUCUUGUUUUCUUGCUAGUAUUAGUAAAACUAAACCCUGGUCAAUAGUAUGGCGAAGAGAAUUCUCAUCUGGAAUUAAAAUGACUGAAUUACA